AGCUGCCACGGCCCGGCUGCCCGCGGAGAACGGGGACAGCCCGGAGCGCCGGCGGCACCGGGACAACCGGGCUCCCCAGGGCCCGGAGGAGCGGGACGAGCGGCACCGGGACGGCCGUCGGGGAGCACGUGCGGCGGAUAGGGGCAGCGCCGGGGCUGAGCUCCGGGAUGGAACCGACCCCGCCUCCCCCCUCCGAGAGCCCUCCGGGGCGGGGAGGAGGGCGGGGGGGUCCGGCUGCCCGCGGCAUCACCCGCCCCCGCCGGAGGCAGGAUGGAGGCACGGGGGGCCGGGGGCGGCCGCAGCCCCGGCCCCGUGAGGAGGCGUCAGGCGCGGGAGCUCCGGUCCCGGCUUCGUAUAAAUGGGGGUCGUCAGAGGCGGCGUGUCAGCAGCGCUCUCGGCCCAGCCGCAGCCAGAGCCGGAGCGCGAAGCCGGGCUGGGGCCGGCCCGCAGCGGAGUGCGGCUAGACGGCGGCGCGGGCAGGGAAGCGGCACCGGCACGAUGGGCGGCGGCGGCCCCCGGCGGCCCGGCGCGCUGCCGCUGCUGGCUCUGCUGGCUCUGCUGGCUGCGCAGGGCGGAGCGGCCCCGCUGCAGCCCGGCGGCUCCCCAGCGCUCACCAAGAUCUACCCCCGCGGCAGUCACUGGGCUGUGGGGCACUUAAUGGGGAAAAAGAGCACUGGGGAUUUUCCUUAUGCUUAUGAAGAAGAAAACAAGAUCCCAUUUUCAGCCUCACCUGAAAAUAUCAAGCAGCUGGAUGACUAUCUGCAGCGGGAAGAAAUGUCCAAACAUUUGCUACAGCUGCUGGAAGGGAAUGAAAAUAAAAGUUCUCACUUCUCAAAAGGAGGGCUUCCCUGGCACGCCAGGAACUCCUGGGAGACAGAUGACAGCAGCAGCUGGAAAGAUAUGAUGGAGAAUUUGCUCCAAGUUGUGAAUAUGAAGGAGAGCACUCCGAGCUGAAAGGAAGUCUCUAAACCCGAAGAAUUGGAACACUUUCCAUAAGAGACUAUGUUUCACAACCACUUGAUUGUUAUCAGAUAAUCAGCAAGGUUUCCUUUCUGUAAACAAGAUUUCCGUUGUGUAAGAGACCUAAAUACACGUAUUCUUGUAUGUUUCGGCAAAGA